CGAUGGGAAUUCGUCAGGAAAGCCGUACGUCGAGCAGUCGUUUACGAUCUGAAAAACGGGGUCCAGGUCGCUAUGGUUGUGUUCAACGCCGAGGCGCGGGAGAAGGCGCCGCUGUCAAUGCUGGAGUCGAACAUCUCCGACUUACGCGAGAGAGUGGGAUCUUCCCUCCCCAGAAACCCUUCAGGCGUCCGCGCUAGCCAAGCCUGCGUCGCCUGCGGGAUCAAGCGUGCCGUCCGCGUCCUGGAGGAAGGGGGUGCGCCGCCACAGGCCGCCAACAUCAUCCUGGUGACGAGCGGCGGCCACGGGCGGGACAGCGAGGCGGACGAGGUGCGGCGUCUCGUCAGGGAGUACGGGCUGAGGCUCCUGCUGGUGCUCUAUCCCCUGGCGGAGACUCCCGACCUGCCGGCGCCCCCUCACGCCCUCGUGCCCAUCGCCAGGGAGUCCGGUGGCUGCGUGUUCACCGUGAUGGAUGAGGGCGUGGGCAUUGAUUCCAAGGUUAGCAUGCUCAUCUCCCUGAUGGACGCCCUCACCGCCGCCGUGGCCGCAGGGGGUGCCACGACGCCCGUACUCGUCCACAGUGCCACGUACCAGGGCGGCAUCGCGUCCCUCAGCAAGGGCACCUUCUCGUUGGACGACUCCUUGGAAGCCCAUGCCCGCUUCGCCGUCUACUACUACGACCUGAAUCACGUCGGCAACACGAUCCACUUGACGGCGCCCUCAGGAGCUACGUUCGCCUCGGUCAACAUGCAGGAGGAGGAUGGGGAUGUCAACAUGAUCUCCGUUAACUUGCAUAACGCUGAGCGCGGUGUGUGGAAAUACAAGGUAGAAAACCGUGCAGAUUCCCACCAGGCAUUGCACAUCCAAGUGACGUCACGCCCGAGCACCAAUACUAGAGUGACCGUAAGAGUCUGGACCAAUCAGCAAACGGUAGACAUCGGCGCAGCCAAGGAACAGGAGCAUGAGCCAAUCAUAAUCUAUGGAGAAAUCAAGAUGGGCGGUGCGGCUGUCAUGGAUGCCGGCGUCAUGGUGCAGUUGCAGCGCCUCGGCACCAACGCGACCGGGGGAACGUACCCACCUGUGAAGCUCCAGCUGUUUGAUUUGGGCACAGGAGACCCAGACGUGACCCGCGGCGACGGCAUCUACUCCCGCUACGCCCCGCCCCUCGACGGCCCUGCCCGCUACGCCGUCCUGCUCUCCGUGGACGCCAGCAACUCCGUGUUGGCGCUCGCGCAGGCGCACUCCCACGACAUGGCUGUCCGGCACCACCGCCAUGCCUACGCCAAGGAGCUGGCCUUUGGAAGUGGCUACGACGAAGGGCGGGUGUGGGCUGCCCCAUCGUGUUGUGGAAGUGUCGUGCCCUAUGCCCACACGAAGCAGGCUACAGCAUUUACUCGCCAGGUGACGGGACCCACUUUGGACAUCAAAGAGGCGCACGUCCUUCAAAGGGAUAAAGUCCCCCCUGGCAGGAUCCUCGACCUCGUGGCCUGGGUCGACUCCUCCAGCGGCCGCGUCGUAUUAGACUGGACAGCCGUCGGCGAGGAUCGGGACUGGGGGCGGGCCCAUGCUUACGAAGCCUUCGUGGCCUCCUCGAAGGACCAGGCAGCCGUCCAGUGCGCUGGCGACAGGAUCUGGGGCCUCCCGAAGCCCUCUCCUGCAGGCACGAAGGAAAGGGCGAGGGUGCCCAUCACUGUGCACGAGAAGAAAGUGUUAUGGGUGUGUAUGCGGGCGAUUGAUCGACAGGGCAACCGCGGUCAGCCCAGCAACCCGGCGGCACUCUGGCAGCCUCAGCCCCCGUCGACAGACCGUGUCACUAUAAGAGUCAACGGCCCAGGAGGGUCCCUGUUGUCCUCAGGUCUGGGCGGCUACGGCAGCGACGCCGGGAUCGGAGGCAGCGAGAAGGUGGCGGUGAUCAGCGGCUGCGUUGGGGGGCUCCUGCUGGUGGUGGUGCUGGUUGCUACGUACUGCUACUGCCUCCCUGCGACGUUCAAGCGGCGGCUCAACCGGCGUCGACGACCGCCGGAGGACGUGGAGAAGCCGGCGACGAGCCUCGUCAACGGCGGCAGCGUGGUGGUCAAGUCGACGUCGCGCGGCAGCGUGCUGGUGAACCCGGGCCCCGAGGGUCCCGCCGGCCGCCAGAACGACACAGACCUCGUGGGCUCGCCGCCGCCGGAGAACCGACGCGAGUCCUUCCAGCGGCCCGAGUCGCAGUCGCCCCCGUGCGAGGCCCUGCGCGUGGAACAGGUGUCCCCCUCGGCCACCCGCCGCGGCGACGGCGACGGCGAGGAGGAGCUGUCAGGCACGCGGGGGCUGUCGCUCUCCAUCCCGGACGUGACCAAGGUGGAGCGCAGCGCACGCGGCCCGGACGACGACCAGGUGCACGUGCCGCAGCCGCAGUUCUACACUCUGGGCCGCCACACGCGCACCGCCCAGCGCAGCCCCCUGCGGGACCCCAGUGGACACAUGUACGGGUCCAUGGACCUCUCCUACUCUCAGCGCCCCGUCAGGUACAGUCCGGUGGGCGCCUCGCAAUACUACGGCAACGUCCGUCCACGCACGCUCCACUCCGACUCGUACAGUGACGACGCCGACACUGGCUCCUUCUCGGAGCAGCUGCUGUGCGACGACCGUGGGGCCUCGCCGCCGCCGCCCGCGCCCGCAGACAAUGCCCUCGCCUACAGUGACCUCCAUAGGCGCUCCGUGGCACUCUUGUAGGCGAUACUGACUUCCUCAGAUGCGAGAACAAUACCAAGGGAAAGGCAAUGAAAAGAGAGUGAUUAAGAGAGAAAGAUCAAACCAGAUCACACCCGUUGGUGAUAUAUGAAAAGUAAAUCCCAAAUGAACUCUCCGAAGCCGAUAACAACUGGGAAAGGAUGACCUCUGUAGCAAGAGGGCAUCGCCUGAUAAACAUUAUCGGGGGUGAGUCGAAAUGACAAUCAUUUGUGUGCGGGCGCGACUGGAACUCGGCGAGACGAGAAUGAGUGCCGCGGACAAUGGUCAUUAUUGUAGCAUAUCAGCAUAAACAAAAGCACUAACUUUGUGUGUCGGAAAGCACAAGUGAGAAAAACCUGCUUUCAUAUGCUUUUAUAAGGCAGUGAGUCAAAUGUGAGAGAUCCUGUAUUUUAUCCUUAAUUUUAUAUUAUACAUACUGUGUACAUCGUGAUGCUCAGAUCCUUUACAUCGUUAGACCAGACUAAGAAUGUGUAUACAUCAAGUCUUUACGCAUAAACAUGAAUAACAAG